AUGUCAGCACGCAGCGAAGCCCCUUCGGACGAGGGCAUUCUUGGUGAAUCUGCCUACGAGUUCAUCGACACUGACGGCGAGAGUCGUGACGAUGGUGCUACAGAAUCAGUAGCCUCGACUGAUUUCGGGCGGCCAGAUGAUGUUGCGAGCCUGGCAGAUACAGAAGGUAGCGGUGAUGAGAGUGAAGAUGAGGAUCGUCAUGACUCCUCGUCUCCAGCUUAUCCUGGACAUGAACAUGCUGUCGAACAAGCUUUCAAUACUCCUACAAUAGGCCACAGUGCCGCCAUUAUCCUCGAUGACCUCGACAAGCCGCUCGUGCAGUCUAUCGAAUUCGACGAACCUCUCAGCCUUGGGGCAGAAACUGUUUCUGUCAAACACACAGUAGCAGAUCUCAACGAGGAACAAACGGCAGAUGCCCUCAAAGGGAUGAAAGUCCACAACCUUCCGAGCCGCGUUGUUGUUACCAUCUGCCAAACAAUGACCAAGCAAGGCUUAUCGACUCGAGAUCCGCUGAGAAUACUCUAUGUUGGCAGUCACUCUGCUAAGCAAGACAUCAUUCACAAGAUUGCUAGCUCUGUCACAGCUUCGGUUGAGAGCGGCAGACGAGCACAUCAUCUUCGUCACUCCAUGUCACAACUCUAUAAUGUUGUACCAGUGACUGCCUUUGGUUCUGAACGUACUCCUGAGAUCGAGCUUAUGCAUUCCUCUGGCUACCAGAUCAAGGUCGAGGAUUGUAUCUUCGCCCAAAAUUUGAAGUAUGAGGACAAUCCAGAGAAGCCUGACGUGAUCAAGUUGACUAUCGAUGACAACUUUGCAUAUCACUCUGUUCCAGAAGGACAGGGAUUCAUUGUCGAGCCUCACUGGGAGCUGCCACAUGUAGCCGUCUUCUAUUGCUCAGACGAAGAUGACAUCGAGGCACGACGAACUCGAACCAUUGCCCGCAAGUUCAUGAGCCGUCAUAGCAUCCCUUCCAUUGUUAUCUCGCACAGGCAGCUACUCGACCGCGGACAGUGCAUGUCGCUAGACCAGCACUCCAUCCACAUGUGCUUGGAAUCACGAGACUCGAAUGGCAGAGGAAACAUUGUUCAUCAACGACUUCCAAUCGAUCUUGCUUCGUUCUUGAAUAUUGAUGCUCGACAAAUGAAUAGAAAUUUGGCUUACCUUACUGGGUUGCAUGAACCCUCGGAUGCUCCAAUCCCGGCAAUGCCUUCAAAGAAGACGCUUGCCGUGGAUUCUCUCGAUAUCGAGAAGACGACCUAUAGUCUUAGUGAUAGUAUCAGGUCUGUCCGCAAUCGACACGGUGGAGCCAUCUACAGAGCUGUCCUGCCUGUCAGUGUCCUGCUCCUGAGUGUUCUCGCAGCUGUUCUCAGCGGUGUCCCGAGCUACCGAUUCUAUCAAGUCAACUCAGCUCCCGCGAUCUCUGUUAAUAGCAAGGUCAUGCCUGCUGUCUCGAUAUCCUCCACACCGACCACCACAUUAUCCGCGCCAGUUCCGAGUAUAACCUCUGCCUCCACUUCCUUAUCGGUGCAGACACAGACUCGGACGGUUACUGUCACACAAUCUAUAGCCUACUCGUCAGGCCCAAAUAGUCUUUCUGUUCUACCUUCAAUGGAGCUUGGGAAGGUACCGCCACAAGUGCAACAAACCCCAAAGCCGGUCAACAAAUCAUCCUUUUGUACGGCAGAGAUGUUGGGAGACAGAGAAAUCCUGAUCCGUAUUCCGUCAGCUACCAAGCUCAGCUGGCUUUCCAAAGAAGCCAUGUCUGUCAACAUCACCAGAGAUAACGUUACUGUUGAAACUGAACGAGCCUACAGCUCCGACGAAGGGAUUGUACUUCUCCUCCCCAAGAAGGAAGCCUGGGGUGUCCUGAACGUUUCUAUCAUUACCACUAAGAAGCCCAGAGUCAAUGAGACUUUCCAGGUUGACUUUGGUUCUACUGCAUCCCAGGCAUGGCAAAGUCUGAUCAACAAGCUCUCAGCUUUGGUAUCCGAAGAUGGCAGCUUGGUUGAUCCCAAAGUAUUUGCUCAGAUGCGAGAAGCCGCAGAGAACAUGGCUGAAGAAGCCGUGCAUCAAGGGCAAUCAACGCUGUCUCAUAUGGAAGAGUUCAGACGUGUAGCUAUGGAGCAGGCAGCCUCAGCUGGCGCUAGUAUCACAGAGCUUGCCAAGUCUUUGUCUCUCGAAGCCACUAAGCGAAGUGCCAUCCUCUCCAAGGAGGUUGGAAUCCAACUUGCUGAGGUGGAGGCCAAGAUUGCUAAAGUCAAGUCUCUGCAGAACCUCCGGGAGCCUCUUGAUGAGGGACUUGUGAAGGCUCAGAUUCGCUCGAAGUUGUUGUGGUUGAAGCUUCAGGGCAAGGAAGACGAAUAUCGUGCCUACGAGAAACGUGCUGCUGAGGCAACUCGAAAGGGAAGCGUGCAAGCGCCGAAA